AUGAUCAAAACAUCGUAUGCAAUAUCUUUACUCUUGGCUAAAAAGAAAAAGCCGUUUUCUGACGGGAACAUUAUAAAACAGAGUUUGACAAUUUUUGAACAGAACUGCAAUGAUCAAAAGGUUAAAGCCAUGGCAGAUAGUAUUUCACUUUCGCGCAACACAGUAAUGAGGCGAGUAGAAGAAAUGUCAACAGACAUCAUCAGUAAUACAGAGUUUGUCACUAAAUGCAGAUAUUUUUCACUUGCAUUGGACGAAACCUGCGAUUUAACAGGUAUAGCACAGUUAGCUGUUUUUGUACGCUGUAUUGAUGACAAUUUUAAUAUAUUUCAAGAUUUAUUGGACCUCUGUCAACCUAAAACUACUACCACAGGAAAGGAUAUAUUCAUAAAACUCAAAGAUUGCGUUCAGGGUAAGAACCUAAACUGGGAUAAAUGCAAUUCAGUUUGCACUGAUGGAACACCUUCGAUGAUGGGGAAGACCAAUGGUGCUGUAGCUUUGGUGUAA